CCACAAUUCAAUCGGUUUAAUUUGAGUUAAUAUAUGCCACGUUGCAAUUUCCAAGUACCGCGUAUCAAGUAUCUUAAGCAGCCGAGUAUCAAAUUACUCCCUCCGGCCUCUUCUUCAUAGUCUGUACUCUUUCAACUGUCCACCCGCCUUACUCAUUUCCAAAGCUUCUUUAAUUUCAGCUCUCUCUCUCUCUCUCUCUCUCUCUCUCUCUCUCUCUCUCCAAUUUCGAUGGCCGUCUACAGACUCGCAGUCAUCAUCCAAAGCUCCUCCGAUAAUGACGAAAAUACCCUUCUCGUUCGUCAGACUCCUCCACCCAAACUUCCAGAAGAAGAAUACUCGAAUUACGUCGAUUCCGAUCUCUGGGACUUGCCAUCUGCUCCGUUGAAUCCUCUUCCUCAUGGAUCUCGAUCUUCUCUGGCCAUCGACUGUGCGGAUGCUUGCACCGAUCGGCUCAAUCUCGGCGCCUUCGACGUUGACUCCGCUCUCGAUCAGGUUCUUUCACAAGUGGGUGUGGGAAGAUCAAUAGAAGAACAUUGGGUGUUCUGGAAGUAUAUAGAAGAACCUGAAUUUGGCCCAGAACCUCUUGUUCACACAGUUUUCAUAUGUGGGAAGUUGAAACUCGGAGAUAUAAAUAUACAAGGGCUAUCUAAAUGGAUGUCUAUCCAGCAUGGCCCAGAGUUUCUUUUGGAAGUCAAGCCAGGAGAAGAUCGCAUAGGACCUCUUAUAGCUGCUGGGCUUUUAAUUGAUUCGGCUGAUCAUAGAAAGUGGAAAGUACCCCAAACCUUGCAUUGCCAGGAGUACCCUCCAGGUGUCACAUUGGUACCAUUGCGGAGUAGAACACAACCCCCUUUUCGGACGACAAACUUAGUUGUGAUUGCACCCAAUAAUGUUACUGAUGGCUGUGAAGAUUCAAGUUUUGCUGCUUAUGGAGAUGCAUUACUAAUGGAUCCUGGAUGCCGUUCUGACUGUCAUACAAAGCUUAUGGAAAUUGUUGCAGCAUUGCCAAGAAAGUUAGUGGUCUUUGUUACUCAUCAUCACUUUGAUCAUGUUGAUGGUCUUUCAAUUGUUCAAAAGUGCAAUCCUGAUGCUACGCUGUUAGCACAUGAGAAUACCAUGCGUCGCAUUGGAAAAGAUGAUUGGUCUCGCAGUCACAUUCCAAUUUCUGGAGGUGAAGUUAUUUGCAUUGGCGGUCAGAGACUGGAAGUCAUUUCUGCUCUGGGACAUACGGAUGGUCACAUGGCUUUGCUUCACAUUAGCACACAGUCGCUGAUUGUGGGGGACCAUUGUGUGGGUCAGGGGAGUGCCGUCCUAGACAUUAAUUCUGGUGGAAAUAUGAAGGACUAUUUCCAAACAACAUACAAUUUCUUGGAGCUUUCACCACAUGUUUUAAUCCCCAUGCAUGGGAGAGUCAACUUGUGGCCUAAGCGAAUGCUUUGCGGAUAUCUCAAGCAUCGUAGAGAUAGGGAAUCAUCCAUCUUGCAAGCCAUAGAGAAUGGAGCUCACACGCUGUUUGACAUACUUGCCAAGUCAUAUGCUGAUGUGGAUAAGAAGUUGUGGAUUCCUGCUUCGUCAAAUGUGAGGCUUCAUGUGGAUUUUCUAGCCCACCAAGAUAAGCUCCCGAAGGAAUUUUCCAUGGAAAAAUUUAAGGCAUCAUGCAGACUAGAUUUUCUGUCCAGAUGGGUAUGGGCAUACCUGAAAGGCGGAGUUAUUUCAAAAGCUAGUAAGCUGAUGACAUGUAAGUUACUUACUGCCAUUGCUGUGGUAGGUUUUGCAAGUUUUUAUUCUGUUAAAUGCAAAUCAAGCACCUAAUAGAAACGUUUACACACCAUGCUUUUGGUGGACAGCGUACAGUUCUCUUUUAUACUUUUGUUAAUUGAAUAGUCCACUUGGUAUGUUUCUAAUACCAAAAGUAGAAAAAGAGGGGCGAAUGCAUAAAAAUGAAAGUAUAAAUAUCAGUUCCCAAUCUAAUGCUAUUGUAGACAGCUCAAACUUUCAUAUAAGAUGCCACUUUAGACCGUGUAA